AUUUAUAAAAUUAGAUUGUACCCUAAGCAUUUCACAUGGAAGCUCUAGUUUAUGCUGCAGUGAAUGAUACAAUACAUUCUUUUGAUGUAGAUGGAAGAUUAUCCUGCUGAAAUACUAAAAUCUUCAGAACAUUAUGACCAAGUUACCAACAUGGUCCAUCCCCUGGAGGAAUCUACUUCGAUCUGCAGUAUGGAAACUAGGUUCAGUAGCACAGGUACCGAAACCGGAAUUUCGUCUGAAAGCAGUACCUUAGCCUCUGGGGUUCCAUAUAUUGAAGGUGGUUCAGCAGGUGUAGGAACAAGUAACUCUAGAAAAUGCUUGAAUGAAAGCACGGGGUUAGUUGCUCCUGAGGUAACUGCUGAUUAUAGUCACGGUGAAUCUCAUAGGGAUAGUAGUGCUUCAGCUAACUCUUCCGUAAAAGAAAAACAAUAUUCAGCUCCUGUCUCAAUAAAUCUUUCGGCUAAUGAGGAUUCACCCAGUGGCUUUGCAAAUGCAAACAGGGUUUCCGAACCAAGUAUUUUGUCUUCUCAAGGGCUUGAAGAUUCAUCUUUGCAUGGAAUACCGGUUGAGAAUCAGUUGGGCGAAGGAACAACAGUCCAUAACUCAGCUUCCGAUUCUGCUCGUCAUGCCUCUGAAUCAGUGACUUUCCAAUCAACAGGAGGUGAAUCAAUUAGAGAGGCUGUACCUUCAGGUGUAGGAUUUCUUGUAUCCAAUAGGGAAUGGGGCCAGGAAGACGGGAGUGUGCUUCACGUUGAUGUUGUGAGUAUCUCUUCCAAUAUCUUAUCCGGUGGCAGUGCUGAUACAAGUAGUCAUGAAGCCAGGAGGAAUAGUAUAAGAUUGUUUUGGGAUGCAUUUUCGAGACACAGCUCCAGAAGACUUAAUGAUUCUCCAUCCAUUUUCCUCUCAACAGAUGAUAGCGAUGAUAUCGGCUUUCAUGACAGGUGGCUCCUUGAUUUCAGUGGCGAUUUCUUUUAUGAUGGGUCAGGAGGUGAUUCUGGUUACCUCAGCAGUCGGCUCCACAGCUUUAAUGAACGGAGACGACACUCAAGAUCGGAGAUAUGGGAAAGGCUGCGUCGUGGACAUGAUGAAAAUAGUCAGCAAACUACAGUUUGCCCAUCUGGACUCCACCCUGAUGGAACCUGCUCAUGCGGUUCUCUCUCGAUGACUGACGAGUCUAGUGCUCGUGCAAGUAUAUCACGGAUAGUUAUGCUUUCCGAGGCUCUCUUUGAGGUUUUGGAUGACAUUCAUCGCCAGCCAGCAUCACUUUCUCUGUCUAUGGUGUUUCUCCCUGCCCCCGAGUCUGUAGUUGAUUCUUUCCCUCUCAGACGUCAUGAAAAGGUGCCAUUGAAG